CUGCGCCCAUCUCAGUCGAUAAUCCCUUAAUUAAUUUAAACUUUCAACUCCAUUUUCCACCUACCUUGGCACCGUCUCCUCUCUUGUCCCAGCUCUUUUCUCUCUCCAAAGCCCCUUUAUUAAAUCGUGCACCAAGCAUCUCAGCUCAAACCUGACACACCAGUUUCUCCCAGCUGUGUCGGCUAUAGCCAUGGCCAUGGCAAUUGAUAACAACACGUACGAACUUGUGUUAUCCGGAUAUAGUACCACCACUACGACCGCCACUUCAGAUGAUCAUGACCAUAACUGGAUGAAAUGUUGGUCCCCAGUUGUCGACUGGGAAGCUUUAUCACACGACCAUAACGAUUAUCAAGACCUUAUUGAGUCCGUGAUGGAUGAUGAAAGUUUGGAUCACCUUGCUAGGGAGAAGUCCAACUCUGGAUCAGUUUCUGCUGAUACUGAUACCAUGCUUGUGGAUGAAGAUGCAAGCGCCGACAAUUUCAAGGGGUUGAGGCUGGUUCACCUGUUGAUCGCUGCUGCGGAGGCACUAGCAGGCGGCAACGAGAGCCGUGAACUGGCUCGGGUGAUAUUGGUUCGGCUCAAGGAGUUGGUGUCCCCUAAGAACGGAACCAACAUGGAGAGGUUGGCAGCGUAUUUCACGGAUGCCUUGCAGAUUUUGCAUGAUGGCCUUGGAGGAGGCAGUGGCAGCCAUGGCAAGCAUUUGAUCAGCAACGGAUUCUACCACCGUCACAAUCAUCACCAGACGGAUGUGCUGUCAGCGUUUCAGCUGCUGCAGGACAUGUCUCCGUAUGUUAAGUUUGGCCACUUCACAGCCAAUCAAGCUAUUUUAGAAGCUGUUACCGAUGAGAAGAGGAUUCACAUAGUGGACUACGAUAUCAUGGAGGGGAUCCAAUGGGCGUCCUUGAUGCAGGCGUUGGUGUCUAGGAAGGACGGUCCACCAGUCCCACAUCUCAGGAUCACGGCGCUAACGAGGGGAAGCAACGGACGGCGGUCAAUUUGGUCGGUCCAGGUGACCGGACGCCGUUUGAUUGCAUUCGCGGAGUCAAUCGGUCAACCCUUUUCCUUCCAUCAGUGCCGGUUGGAAUCUGGUGAAACCUUUAAACCAUCGGCUUUGAAAUUGGUAAAAGGAGAGGCCCUGGUGAUGAACUGCAUGCUGCACCUACCUCACUUCAGUUACCGGUCACCGACUUCAGUGGCUUCGUUUCUAUCCGGAGCUAAGAUCCUGAACCCGAUGUUGGUAACGCUAGUGGAAGAAGAUGUGGGGCCUAGAAUUGACGGUGGGUUCGUCGGACGAUUUAUAGACUCAUUACACUACUAUUCGGCCGUGUAUGACUCGCUGGAGGCGGGUUUUCCGAUGCAGCGGGGGUCUCGGGCAUUGGUUGAGAGAGUGUUUCUGGGGCCUCAGAUAGCCAGGUCAUUGGGUCGGAUCUACCGGAGCCGAGGAGAGGAGGAGAUAAAGUCGUGGUGGGGGUGGAUAGGAGGGAUAGGGUUGAAACCGAUGAACAUAAGCUUUGCAAAUCAUUGUCAAGCAAAGCUAUUGGUGGAUUUAUUCAAUGAUGGGUACAGAGUGGAGGAGUUGGGGAGUAACAGGCUGGUGUUGGGAUGGAAAUCCAGGCGUUUGCUCUCUGCUUCAAUUUGGACUUCCUUCGACUCUGAUUUGUGAGAUAAGAUUUUUUUAAACUCAAAAUUCUAUCUCGAUUCUUGAGCAUCGACUGUAACAAGUGCAACAAUCUUUCGUUCAGGUUCAGGCCAAAACAAACUUAAGUGAAAUCAAUGGUUCCUCUUACAUCAAAUAAAAUCAAUAACAGCAU